CUUUUUCAUAACAGGCGCCCUUGUCGGUGCCUUCUGAUGUAACUUCGCGUAUACAUUGAAUCAGUGGUAUUGCAUACUAGACAUAUCAAAAUGUCCCACAGAUAUAUGGCUGUAGGCCGAAGAGGACAUGUUCUGCUUCGAAAAGUGUUGUCAAUGCGAUCUCCGAAUCAAGAGAUACAAAGAGACAUGACACUCCUGUCUAAGGUUCUUCAGUCCAGAGAAAUGGAUUCCCUACUGCGACAAUUCAGCUGCACGGUUCUCAAAGCAUCUUCUGAUCUUCCAAAAGGAUUUGAGAAAUUUGAGGAGCUACUUAAAAAGAAAACAAAACCAAAUGAAAAGAAAAAGAAAGCAGAGGACCAAUCUGAGAAGAAAGUAGAGGAUCCACCCAAAAUAGAAGUGGAUGAUCCACCCAAGAAAGAAGAUGUACAAAGGGGAGGGUCUGCUGAGGAACCAUGGCCAAUUAAUGAACUUAAAGCAGCCUUUAAAAAAUUUACUGAGGAUUUUGAAAAACAAUCAGGAAAUCGUGAUCCGUCAAAAGGUGACCGUGAAAGAGCAAUGAUGCUUAUCCCAGGUGUCCUGGCAAUAGCUCUCUUGGUGUACUUGUAUAUGAUGUCAUCUCAAAAAAAAGAAAUCUCAUACAAGGAGUUUGUCAACAAUUAUCUCCGACCAGGAUUGGUGGAAAGCCUUACAGUGACAAACAAAGAGGUGGUGGUAGUCAAUUGUAAGCCUGGCGUGAUGGAAAGGAAUGUCCAGUUCAGAAUAGGAAGUGUUGAUACCUUUGAGCGACAAUUGCAGACUACUCAAGAAGAAUUACAAAUAGAUAGAUCACACUUUUUAGAUGUGACUUACUCUAAAAAGUCAGAAGAAGUAGGGAUAGGCAGCACUCUUGUUUUUGCCUUUUACAUGAUCAGCAUGAUUGGUAUAGGUUAUAUGAUGAUGCAGAGAAGUGGAGGAAUGGGAAAAGGAGGUGGAGGGGGACCUUUCGGAUUCGGAAAAUCCACAGCCAAGGUCUUCAAGCCAAACUCAAAUGUUAUAGUCAAAUUCAGUGAUGUAGCCGGAUGUGAAGAGGCCAAAUUAGAAAUUAUGGAAUUUGUAAACUUCCUGAAAAACAAGGAACAAUACCUAAAACUUGGUGCCAAAAUCCCCAAAGGAGCCAUGCUGACUGGGCCCCCAGGAACAGGGAAAACACUACUGGCCAAGGCCACAGCUGGGGAGGCUAAUGUUCCCUUCAUCGCCGUGUCCGGAUCUGAGUUCCUCGAGAUGUUUGUCGGAGUUGGACCUGCUCGGGUGCGAGACAUGUUCAAAGAAGCCAGGAAAAAUGCCCCCUGUAUAUUAUUUAUAGACGAGAUAGAUGCGGUUGGACGGAAACGUGGAAGAUCAAAUUUUGGGGGCAACAGUGAACAGGAAAACACACUGAACCAGUUCCUAGUUGAACUUGACGGUUUCAGUUCACAGACAGGGGUAGUAGUUCUGGCUGCAACUAAUCGAAUAGACGUCCUAGAUCCCGCUUUGCUACGAGCAGGUAGAUUUGACCGACAGAUCUACAUACCACUACCAGACAUCAAGGGCAGGGCAAAUAUUUUCAAAGUCCAUCUUGGAAGUAUAAAAACAGAUCUUGUAAAGGAGGUAAUGGCCAAAAAGUUAGCGGCACUUACUCCAGGUUUCUCAGGUGCUGACAUAGCCAAUGUGUGUAACGAAUCAGCGCUCAUAGCCGCUCGCGACCUCAAUGAGUCGGUCAUGUCAAAUCACUUCGAACAAGCCAUAGAACGAGUAGUGGGAGGUUUAGAAAAGAAAACACAAGUUCUACAGCCUGAAGAGAAGAAAACAGUGGCAUACCACGAAGCAGGCCAUGCUAUAGCGGGGUGGUUCCUAGAGCAUGGUGACCCCCUGUUAAAGGUUUCUAUUAUACCCCGCGGCAAGGGCCUAGGAUAUGCCAUGUAUUUACCCCAAGAAAAUUAUCUAAUGACACAGGAACAGAUGAUUGACAGAAUGUGUACAUUACUAGGAGGAAGAGUUUCGGAAAAAAUCUUCUUUGAUAAGGUUACAUCUGGUGCCCAAGAUGAUCUACAAAAAGUAACCAAAAUGGCCUACGCUCAGGUAACAAUGCUGGGUAUGAGUGAGAAGGUGGGACAAAUAGCUUUUGAACAGGAACAGCAAUCAUUCCAGAAGCCCUACAGUGAGCAAACAGGUCAGAUUAUUGAUGAGGAAGUUCGAGAUCUUGUGAGCAGAUGUUACGACCGGACCGUGGUUCUACUGACCGAGAAAAAGGAUCUCAUAGACAAGGUUGCCAAGUUGUUGCUAGAGAAGGAAAAAAUAGAUAAGGCAGAUAUGGAGAGUAUUUUGGGGAAAAGACCAUUCGCAGAAAAAUCUACAUAUGAGGAGUUUGUGGAAGGUACUGGCUCAAUGGAGGAGGACACAACUCUACCAAAGGGACUGGAAAGCUGGAACAAAACCCGCCAAACAACAGACCAACCCAUAGCAGAAUCGGCUGCAUCUUAACAGAGACAAACAACAGCAUGACAAGGAAAACAUAGAUUUAUUGUGUGGAAAAUGAAAGGAUUUGAUGGACAAAACUACAGACUAGCAAUACAUUCAACAAAUAACUGAAAUUUCACAGGUCUGUGACUGAUUAUCGAUAUAAAUUUGUUGUGUUGAAUUUGAAAAUACACGCUUUAAAAUGUAUUAAAACUAUGAAUAGCAAAAUUUAAGAUGGUUUAUUCGUUGCAUUGAUAAGAAAUGAUCAACAAUGAUGAUUGUGAGUUCUCUCUGUGUUUGUUUUCAAAAUAAUCUUCAGAGAAAGAAAAAGGUUAAGAUAUAUUUCAUGUGAUCGUGUUUUAACAUCAGUUGAGUGAUAUUCUACAUGGUAAAAUUAGGUCUUUAUCCUUCGAGAGGAAAAAUGAAAUUAAUCUUGAAUUAGGAAGCAUUUUUUAGGAAACUUUUGAGAUGUUAUCUAGAAUUCAGGGGUCUUGGUUAUUUAAACAAACUCACCUAGUAUGUAUAAAAUAAAUAAAAAAAUAUAUUUUUCCAAGGUAGACCUGUUUAAUUCUGGUAACUCAUUUUGGUGCAAGUUUUUUAUUUAGUUUUUUUUUUGUGUUGAAUUUAAAAAAACACCUUGUAUAAUUGUACAAGUAUGUAGAAAUACUUGUUGUCUGUUAGAAUAUGUUGUUUAAAUAACUUCACCAGGACUUGUUCAGACAAUAAGUUACUCUGUUUUAAUUUGAUUUUGCUGUAUAACCAUAACUACCUAUGUCACAUGGGGUUGUGGCAUGUUCAUGGUAGGCACUGUACAUUUGAUGCAGAGUUGUUGCCCUUUAUAUCGGAAUCGUGAAAUCUUUACCAGUUAACUAGUCCCUCAGAUUGAUUUUCAUUUCCUAAAAAAAAUAUCAGGCUUCAUAGGCAUUAAAUAUAGUUGUGCAUUUUGGUCAGGGAUAAUUAGGCCAUAAUGUACUGAAUAUUUACAUCUCACUAAUUGGUUGUCUUCUCCUCAAAGGGAUUGCAGAAGUUUAGGAGGAAGUUACAUGUAGCCUUCAGCUUACUAUUCCAGCAAUUUCAAAAUUGUUUGUUUUUGUUUUGCUAAAUGUUUGCUGAAUGUCACCGAAUUUUUUUUAAAAAGUGAAAUUGGCAAGAAAUAAUGACCUGCUUUUGUCAAUUUUAAGUAUAAUGAUAAUUGCAUAAUUAUUGAUUUAAUGAAACAAUUUUUGACCCAAACACAGCAUUAUACUCUUUCCAGACUAUCAAAAAGUGUCCUAUGCAUCACUGCACAAUUGAUGGUCACUUAACGAUAAAAUGAUGAUGAAUUUACAUAUAGAAUUCAAUCCAUUUUUACAGUUAUAUAUUUGAUCUGUUGAUGUGUGUUCCAGAAAUUGUCAACAAUGCUAUUGGGUGUAUAAUCUGUUGCGGUAUGUUAGGUACGUUAAAUUAUUGUGAGAUAGAAUAAAUUCUACAAUACUGAGACAAGAGUUUGGACCUUGAAGCAUUCUCCUGUAUUUGAGGUACCUUAAAUCAGUAUUUUUGUUAUGUGUGAUCAGCUCACUUAUUGUAAAAAAAUAAAAUUAAAUGUA